AUGUCGGUAAAUCGUGCGUGCAUCGGCUUUGUGGCCCUUUUUCUGCUUACCCUGCUCGCUUACACCCCCUCGGCGGCGGUGGCCGAGCCAGGAGAAACACUGGUCCUGCUGGACAACCUGGCCAUCCGGGAAACACAUUCCAUCUUCUUCAAAUCACUCCAGGAGCGGGGCUACAAGCUCACCUUCAAGCUAGCCGACGAUGCCAAUCUCGUCCUCUCGAAGUACGGCGAAUUCCUCUACCAGCAUCUGAUCCUGUUUUCGCCCUCCGUCGAGGAGUUCGGGGGCUUGAUCAACGUGGAAGCCAUCACGGAAUUCAUCGACAACGGUGGCAAUGUGCUGGUGGCCGGCAGCACCUCAUCCGGAGAUGCGCUGCGUGAGCUCGCGUCCGAGUGCGGGUUUGAGGUGGACGAGGAGAAGGCAGCUGUCAUCGACCACCUAAACUAUGACGUGUCCGAUACCGGCGACCACACCACGAUUGUGGCCUCACCCGAAAACCUGAUCGAUUCGAGCAUCAUCGUUGGAAGCCGAUCGGCGGUGGCACCGUUGCUGUACCGUGGCACUGGACUGCUGGCGGAUCGUGAAAAUCCACUUGUCUUACAGCUUCUGACGGCCGAGAGCACCGCGUACAGUUACGUACCGGAUGCCCCCAUCAAGGAGUAUCCGCACGCCGUCGGAAAAGGCACGUUGCUGAUCGCAGCCCUGCAGGCACGCAACAACGCACGUGUCGUCUUCUCCGGCUCGCUGUAUUUCUUUUCCGAUGAAGCGUUCCUUUCACCGGUACAACGGGCGCAGGAUGGCAAGCAGUACCCGCGAUCUGGCAACCAGGACGUCGCAAUGGCCGUCAGCAAGUGGGUGUUUGGCGAAAACGGCGUGAUCCGUGUGCGCUCGGUUACACACCACAAGGAGGGAGAAUCUCAGCCCCCGUCCGCGUACACCGUGACCGAUCCGGUCGUGUACACGAUCGAGAUCGAAACUCGGGCCGGUGAUGGCAAAUGGAAGGCGUUCGAGGCAACCGAUGUGCAGCUGGAGUUCGUCCGAAUCGAUCCGUUCGUACGGACGACCCUGGCCAUGGUGGGAGGAGGCCGGUAUGAGGCGCGUUUCCGCAUCCCGGAUGUGUAUGGAGUGUACCAGUUUAAGGUGAAUUACGAUCGGAUCGGCUACACGCACCUCUACUCGACGACACAGGUAUCCGUCCGGCCACUUACGCACACACAGUACGAGCGGUUCAUCCCCAGCGCCUACCCGUACUAUGCCAGCGCCUUCUCGAUGGUGGUCGGCAUGUUCGUGUUCUCGUUCCUGUUCCUGCACUUCAAGGACGAUGGCACCAAGCCGAGCCGCUCGGUUACGGGAACCGAAAAGAAGUCUCAAUAAACCAGAGAUAGCGAGUUGAAGUAACCGAACAACCGAUAGGGUGGUGGCAAAAGAAAAAACACCACAUAAACCACUGUAAACCGCAAAACGGUCGCAUAAUAA